ACGUCUUCCAAGAAUAACCAUUUCCAAAGAUAAUAGUGCUUUAACGAUACAAACGACUUUUGAAAUUCCUUUUGAAAACAUAAAAAAAAAAAAACGCAAACCUCUGCCCUCCAAUUUCUCCGGAUUCUCUCCGGAUCUGUGCUUUUUCCUUCUCCUAUCGGAGAUGUUUCCUCUUUGGUGUUCUUGUUUUCUGGGAGAAAAUUCCACGAAGCUCUGAAGUUUUUUUUUUCUUUUUUCAAAGCUUCACACAAGGAAUCCCAGAGGACGAAAUUUUCUCGAAGCUAUGGCCGUUGAAGAAAUGGAGAAGAAGAUCAAAGGAAGCAAUGAAAAGACAGAGCGGGAGAACAGUGACUUAGGUAUCGAGGAUCCAUCGCCAAGAUGCGUGCUUGAAAUUCCAGUAAUGGCUUCAGAUUCCGAUAACAGCAGCAGCAGCAGCAGUUGCAGCUCAUGCUCCCCGGAUAAAUCAUCGUCGCCAUUAUCGACGACUCCUACAAACGUUUCGUCUUUUCACCACCACGGUCGUCAAUGGAACAAGAUGAUCGACUCCAUCAAGAAGAAAUCCAUGAGGAGAUUCUCAGUCAUUCCUCUGCUCGCGAGCUACGAGCUCACCCGCAAAAACAUGCGGCGGAAACAGCCCAAGCUAUCUCCGUCGCCGGGAAACGAAUUCGACUGCGAUCAAAUCCUCGUCGCUAAACCCUCGUGGCGGAAUUUCACAUACGAAGAGCUCGUCGCCGCCACCGACAACUUUAAUCCCGAUAAUAUGAUCGGGAAAGGAGGACAUGCGGAGGUGUACAAAGGGGUUUUACCUGACGGAGAGACAGUGGCGAUCAAGAAGCUGACGAGACACGGCAAGGAAGAAGAAGAACGAGUCAGCGAUUUCUUGUCGGAGUUAGGGAUAAUCGCACACGUAAACCACCCAAACGCAGCUAGGCUUCGCGGUUUCAGCAGCGAUCGCGGUUUGCAUUUUGUGCUCGAGUACUCUCCUCACGGCAGUCUCGCUUCUCUACUCUUUGGAUCUGACGAGUGCUUGGACUGGAAUAAACGGUAUAAAGUGGCUCUGGGUAUAGCUGAUGGUUUGAGCUAUCUUCAUAAUGAUUGCCCUCGACGGAUUAUUCACCGUGACAUCAAAGCUUCCAACAUUUUACUUAGUCAAGAUUACCAAGCUCAGAUAUCGGAUUUUGGACUUGCUAAGUGGCUCCCAGAGAAUUGGCCUCAUCACAUUGUUUUCCCUAUCGAAGGCACAUUCGGGUAUCUAGCUCCAGAGUACUUUAUGCACGGGAUUGUUGAUGAGAAGACGGAUGUGUUUGCAUUUGGGGUUUUGCUUCUAGAGAUCAUAACUGGUCGUCGAGCUGUCGAUACAGCUAGCCGGCAAAGCAUUGUGAUGUGGGCGAAACCGCUUCUGGAGAAGAGCAGCGUGGAAGAAAUAGUCGAUCCUAAGCUAGGAAAUGACUUUGACGAAACCGAGAUGAAAAGGGUAAUGCAAACAGCUUCAAUGUGCAUACACCAUGUAGCCAGUAUGCGUCCUGAUAUGAACCGGUUGGUGCAGCUGUUGCGUGGAGAUAACCGGUUAGCUGAGCUGCAACAGAUAUCAUGUGGAGCAAGAAGAGUGAGUCUCGACGGGUGUGACCUACAAGAUCACACCUCUUCCUCUUACCUUAACGAUCUCACUCGGCAUAGACAACUCUUGAUGGAAUGAAGCGGUCUGAUAAAAUCAAUACACACAAAAGAGUGAAUUUAAAAUUUCCUCCCAAGGAGAAGAAACAACAACAACACGUGUUUCCUUUUCCUCUUUAAUUGCCUGUGAUUUUGCUUCAUCUUCUCCAUUGUAAAAAUCUCCAAGAGAGGGAAAAUGUUGUAUGUAUAAUCUGCCUCUAGUCUCAGCUUAUGCUUUUGUCCUCAACCCUGUGGCUGUCUCUGUUUCUUCUUGUUAA